AGCUACAUACAGGGAGUUGCGGACUUAAGGACUUACGGCUGUUCCCGAUUCUGGAACCCUAGUCCCUACCGGCGAACACAUCGGCAAAUCCGGCGAUUCUUCUCAUUCUCCAUCGGCGACUACAGUGCACAGCCGCAAUCUCAGGAUGGGUGAUCAUGUUGAAUCAACACAAAAAGGACAUGCUACACAAGGAGUAGAAGUACAAAAAGUAAGUGAUUCAGCCUCUUCACAAAACCCUCCUGAAGAAGAUCCAAGCAAUAAUUAGAAAAAGCCCACAAGAUUAAAAUCUAUGGUGUGGAAUCAUUUCGAUAGGGUCUUGAUAGACGAAAAUGUUGUUGCAAUUUGUCAUGGUUGUAAUAAAAACUAUGCUGGAGGUGGGAAAAGUGGCACUACCCAUCUAAAGAAUCAUUUGAAUAGUUGCUUGCAAUCUAAAAAGAAAGUAAUUGUGAGACAACAACUCAUUCAAGCUUCCUUUAAGAAAGACCCGAACAUGCCAUAUGUUCCUGGAAAGUUCAAGUUCAGUCGAGAAGUUUCUAGAAUGGAGUUAGGAAAUAUGAUUGUUUUACAUGAGUACCCUCUAUCUUCAGUUGAUCAUAUUGGCUUUAGAAGAUAUUCUGCUAGCUUGAACCCCGAAUUUAAAGUUCUGUCAAGGAAUACAAUAAAAGCAGAUAUUUUAAAGGCUUUCAAUGAAGAGAAAUCAUUUCUGAAGAAGCGUUUGUCUUCAAUUGAGGGGAGAGUUGCCAUUACUACUGAUAUGUGUAAGGGCAUUGAGAAAGUGCGUGAUUUAGUUGUCUACUGGGUUGCUACACCUAAGCGGUAUGAAAAGUUUAAAAGUGCUGUUAGGUAUUGUAAGAUUCCAGAAACAAAAAGAUUGAUCCUAGAGUACUCAAAAACAAGAUGGAAUUCGACAUAUGAGAUGCUUGAAAUUGCAUUGUUGUAUAAAGAUGCUUUUUACAGGUUGAGACAAAGUCUGAAGAAUGAAAAGUUUGUUUUACCUGAUGAAAGCGAGUGGGAAAAAGCUCGUGAGGUUUGUGAUAAGUUGGUGGUUUUUUCUAAGAAGAGGGGAUCUUUAAAGAGAAGUGAAGAGAACAUUCCAUCUUCAAAUGUUAGUAAUGUGACACGAGAUAGUUCUGAUUUGGAUGAUAUGGAGUGGGAAAGACAUGUCUCCACGAUGCCAAGGAAGAAGCGUUUAAGAUCACAAGUUGAUGUUUAUUUAGAUGAUGAUGUGAUGAUAGCAGAUCCCGAAAAGUUUAAUAUCUUGGUGUAUUGGAGCACAUGCAAGGAUAAUGCCUUAGGAUGUUCAAGCAUUUUCGUUGAUGAAGAUGUCCAAGAAGAAAAUAUUAAUGAAGAGGAUGGAGAUGUUGAAAGUGACGAGGAUGACAUUUGAUCUUGUGAUUGGAAGUUCAAUUUCUCCUUUGGCACAUGUUUUGUGAUUUGAAAAAUAUUUGUGAAAACUUGUUAUAUUUAUGUGUGUUGUUUCUCUUGUGAAAUGUUAUCCAGUACAAGAAGAUAGUAUUUCU